AUGUCCUUGGUUUUAGUUACUGGAGCAACUGGGUUCACUGCUCAACAUAUAGUUGACCAGUUGCUUGAAAAAAAGUACAAGGUUGUGGGUACCGCAAGAUCACAAGCCAAAGCAGACACUUUGCUAGCCAACUUCUCCAAGAUUCACGAUAUCUCUAAUCUGAGUCUAGAAAUUGUUCCAGAUAUUGGUUCCAGUGGUGCGUUUGAUGAUAUUCUCAAAAAAUACAAGUUUGACUACGUCAUACAUACUGCUUCGCCAAUAUCUCUCAGUCCUGUAGAUGACCUCUACGGCUUCUACGUGAAGCCAGCUGUGGCUGGAUGUUUGAGCAUUUUGGAGGGGGUCAAGAAAUUUGCACCCAGUGUUAAAAAUGUUGUUGUGACAUCGUCUAUUGGAACUGCUCUGAACUUCGACCAGGCCGACAACAUGGAUUUCGUGCAUACGGAAGAUACUUGGAAUCCAUUGGAUUGGUCCGAUGUCAAGUCUACCUUCCAGGCUUAUGCCUACUCCAAGACGGCAGCAGAAUUGGCGUCUCGCAAGUUUGUUGAAGUUAACCAAUCAGAGCUCAACUACACAUAUACUUCGGUUAAUCCGACUUUUAUAUUUGGUCCUCAUGUGUUUGCUAGCAAUCUGGAAUUUGCCAGUGGUAGCUCUGAAAUCUUCAACAGCAUUAUCUCGUACCCACCAGAUAAAGAAGGUCCUUUUAACGACAUAGUUUCACUUGCAUGUGAUGUCAGAGAUGUUGCUCGCCUCCAUAUCGAGCCACUUUCCGAUCCAGAAAAGUUCCAUAAUUCAAGACUCUGUGUUUCCUCUGGGGAAUUCUCUCCGCAGACAAUUUUGGAUGUGUUGAACUCCAGGUUCCCGGAGCUUAAAGGCAAGUUUCCCAAGGGAAAUUCUGCUGAGGGAGAGAAAUAUUUGCAAACACAUGGUUUCGCUGCUGAUUUCUCUAAGACACUCAAACUGGCAGGUUCAUUGACGCCCUUGGAAGAAACCAUUUAUGAUUCCGCUAAGCAGUUCUUUGACUUCAAAGAGAAGCUGAGUAAAUCAGAAAAAUAA